GACGCUUUACAGUUUACGAUCACGGUAAACACUGAAAGAGUGAAACUCUCUCUCUCCUUACUUUCGUGAAGAAGAAAAGCGAGGAUUCGAAGGAAAGACAGUGCUAAGCAGACUGAAAAUGGCAGAGAGGGGAGAAGGAGGGGAUGCUCCAUUGCCUGCUUCUAUUUAUUCUGAUGAACAGACGGUUUGGGCUGAUGUCUCCCCUCUUCUUGAGGCCGCUUGCAGAGAUCUUCGAGAUGGUGAGCUUAUUCAUGGAGAGAAUUUCAGUCUAUUUGCUGCUAUGUCUGCUUUGGAGAUAAUGGACCCAAAGAUGGAUUCUGGUAUUGAACAUUCUGGAUAUCAUUCUAUUGAGGAAGCUAUUGAGGAUGGUGCUGCACCAAUUCCUCUUAGUUUUGAUAGGACAGUUGAUGUUCAGUGCACUAUUGAUAUCAUGGAUCACUUUUUAGCUUGUGAGGCGACAUGGCACAAGGGUCAUUCAUUGGCUCAAACUGUGUUUUCUUGCAUAUAUCUUUUGAGGCUUGAUCGAACAUCGCCACAUGCCUUAUUACAUUCUUAUUGCAGAAUUAUGCGUGCAACAUGUGCUGCUGUAAUUUCAGUGGUAUCAGAUGCACGUACCCAUGAAGGGAGGGUUGUAAGGCUUUGCAUGGGCCACUACUGGUGCUGCAUGGACUUCACGACCUGUGUGGGCCUGAGUUUCCUGAACAGUAUGAGCCUGGAAGAGGAUCUCUUUACAAUGGCUUAUGGCUUACCUUUGAAAGGAGAGGGAGAUGAGAAAUGUCUUUCAAUGCUAAAUGCGGUGGAGGAAACAAUUUCUCGGCAAUUGCGUGCUUGCAAAGCAUCUUCAUCUAAAAAAGGGAUAUUAGAGAAUAUAGAACCAUUACAAACUAAUCUUGACUUGGAAGAGGGAUAUUGCAAAGCUUUGCUGUGCCGUUUACGCUUUCGUAAGCAUUUUUACCAUGUUCUCAUGUGUAUGAAAAAACCUCAAGGAAGAGGUUUUGAGUUGGCGAGGAAACAUAUAGCUUCCUGCUUGUCGGAGCUGGCCUACAUUUACAAUUCAUUGGAAUUCCUUGGAUUUAAUGCAUAUGGAUCUUGUCAAAAUGAUAUAGAAGACAGCACAACAGCUUCUGGUCGUCAGCCUGUUGGGUUUGACGCAAGUCUAAACAGUAGAUUAGCAGCUCCUACUCCUCCACGUGCUAUCAAAAUUCUGAGCUGGAAAAAGGCUAUUAAGUAUUUUGAGAAGCUUCUGCAUGAUUUAGACACCAUAUGUUCCUUCUCUAUGGAUCCAUUGUUAGAAGGUAUUCUGCGUUUUGUGGUUCAAUUUCAAAAAUCCCAACCUGAUUUAGUUGCAAGAGCUCAUCUGCAGCGUCUUCUAGUCCAAGAUGGAAAGCUUUAUGGACGGGAUCCUGUAUUUGAUGUGAUCUGUAGAGCUGCAGCUGUAUCUGAUGUACCAAAGAACAGUGGAAUUCAGAAGAGUGAAAUUGUUUUACAACUAGGACAGCUAGCAAUCAACUUGCUUAAAAUUCUUUGUACAAAUGCUGCAUGGCAAAGGCGUAAGCUUGGCAAAAUUUUACAAGAUUGGAGUGUUAUCUAUGUGCAGUUGGAGUUGGCUUCCAAGAGAGACUUCGCAGAAACACCAAACAUUUUAACUGAUGUGAAUGUAUCCAUGAAACUAUCGAAACAUCUCCUUAUCUGGACAGAGGAACAAAUUUACUGGAUUGCUUCUCGUUUCCUCAUGUUGGGAUUUGAACUGGAUCUUUAUUCUCCCACGGAGUACUGCAUGGUGUAUUGGUAUAUGUACGUUGUCUUGAUCAAACUUGCAGAAGCAACACAACUCAGGAUGGGGACAAGCAGUGACAUUGCUAAACGUAAGGGGAAGAAGAAAAGGGAUCUUCCAAAGGAUUUGGCUAAGGAUUCUCAGAUCCCACCCAUGGUUUUGUUGCUUCAGUGCUAUAUAUGUCUCUCCGAAGGCCUCACAAUGAUGCUUGCUGCUUUGAGGAAUGAACAUAAGAUUUUCCAGAGACCAAGUGCAUUUAAUACUGAGGAAGAGAGGUUCAUUCAGCACUUUGAGCUCCUACAAAGAGCUCAUGUCCCUGGUCAUAUCUCGUACAUGUUGUUCAAAGAAUCUACAAGCCAUGCACAAUUCUCUACCCUAGUUAGAUACAAUUACUUUAAAGAUGCUCAGAGGAUUGCAAAAGAGCUUCGAAGUAGUUUCUCUAGUGAUUCAGACAGGCUGGUGGAACUCCGUCAGAUAGAGCAGGUUGCAGAGCACAACUGGAUUGCCCUCAAUGUCAUUUGCCAAGCUGGGGCCGAGGAUCCAUCACUCAAAAUUUCUUUUGAGUUCAGCCAUCAUCCUUGUUUCGCUAUUGCCACAGUUAAGAGAUCUUGAAUUGAAUUGCUUCUCUUACAGCCUAUCCCAAUUUUGAAACCCCAAGUAGGCUUUCAUUAGUUUCAAAGAGUGCUUGUUGGUUUCUGUUCUACCAAAAAAGGAAAAAAAAGUGCCGGUUGGCAGCUGUAACAUUAAUUUUCUUUUAACUUUAAAGUUAAUAUUGAUAAGAAAACUUGAGUUGAUAAUGAGUUAAGGGUACAAAGUUGUACCAUUUAUGUAAAUUGCGGACUAGUUGAGAUAGUGUUCAUAAUCUCAAGGGAAGAUAUGUCAUUUCGAGAAUGUGAUAUGAAUUAAUAAUAAAUGUUCAGUGACAUUUGAAUUGUGUAAAAGACAACAGAUGAGGAAGCUUUGUAGUUAUUUUGCAUUUAA